UCCCACUUCACUUCUCAUGGGAUUGGUGUUAUAUAUAUACAUGGUUUUGUUCCACCAGGACUCACCCAACAAAUUAGUGACUCAGAGAAGGAAAUGUUGGGCAUGAACUCAUCAACUGUAGUAGCUCUUCCAGUAGUAGCUCUUUCAAUUCAAGAUGGAGCUUCUACUAAGAAGAAGAACAUGAUCCUCUCCCGGAUUAUUUCUUCUCUUCUUCACUGUCUUACAAAAAUGAAAGCCAUACAUGAGAACAGAAACUUGAUUCACAGUAUCAAGGUUGGACUUGCUCUGGUUCUGGUUUCGCUCCUGUAUUUCCUCGAUCCUCUUUUCGAGGAAGUUGGAGAUAAUGCCAUGUGGGCUAUCAUGACUGUAGUUGUUGUUUUUGAGUUCUAUGCAGGUGCAACACUUGGUAAGGGUAUAAAUCGUGGAAUUGGGACAAUAGUGGGUGGUGGCUUGGGGUGUUCAACAGCAAUUUUAGCUCAAAACCUCAGCAAGAUUGGCAAGGCUAGUGCCAUUGGAACUUCAGUAUUUUUCUUUGGUGCAGCUGCAACAUACACUCGGCUGAUUCCAAGCAUAAGGAAAAGAUAUGACUAUGGAGCCAUGAUUUUCAUCCUCACAUUCAAUCUAGUAGUAGUCUCUGGUGUGCGAGCAGAUAAGGUCAUUCAGUUAGCCCGUGAUCGUCUCUCAACAAUUGGAAUGGGUUUUGCUGUCUGUGUGUCAACAAGCUUACUCAUCUUCCCUGUAUGGGCUAGCGAUGAACUUCAUAGUUCAACAGCUUCCAAAUUCAAUACACUUGCCUGUUCGAUAGAAGGAUGCCUGGAAGAGUACUUCAAAGGGAUCGAUGAAAAGAAGGAUAAUCAAUCUGAAACCAGUUUCAAAGCAUGCAGAUCAGUGCUCCACUCAAAGUCCACUGAUGAAUCACUGGCAAAUUUUGCGAGGUGGGAACCAUGGCAUGGCAAGUUUGGGUUCUCCUAUCCAUGGCACAAGUACCUACAAAUUGGAGAUUCACUUAGAGAGUUGGCUGCCUCUAUUCUUUCGCUAAAAGGUUGUCUUCAAUCUCAUCGACAGCCAACACCUGUACUUACGAGGCACUCCAUCAAGAAGCCAUGUGAAGCAGUGGUCUCUCAGGUUGCUUACACACUGAGGACGCUUGGAGACAGCAUCAUCAACAUGAAGAGAUCUAGCCCAGCAGUGUUAAUGGUGGCAAAACUGCAGUUAUCAAGAAUAGAGCUUAGUGAAGCUGUACUUCCUUGCUUACUCAGGACUCUACCAGAUGAUGAUGGUUUUGCAAUGGUAGGCUUUGUAUUUCUGCUUAUAGAGAUGGUGGACAUUGCGGAAAAAUUGUCAAAAGAGGUCGAAGAACUGGCAGAUUAUGCAGGUUUCCCUCAACAGCUCAAGUAUCCAGAUUUGUGGUGAACAUAUCAAUGCAAGCCAGUUUUGGCAUCGCAAA